CUUUCACUGUACAGAGAAUUCCACGCGUUUCUUUGUGUAGAACAAAUAUUCCUAAACAUCCGGUUGGAAAUUAAAAACUUUCCAAAUCAACCAGACAGAAACGAUUUCCGCUAUGUUUAAACCUGAAGCACAUGGCUUACCGCCAGACUUUCAACUAACAAAGUUUUCAACCUUACGCGGGUGAGGCUGUAAAAUACCCCAGGAUACUUUAAAUAAGUAUCUAUUGGGUACAGAAAUUUUAACAGCCAACACAGCAGCAGAAAAGAAUGCAGAGCAUGAUGACGACUAUAUUGGCACAGGCAUGGAUUGCGCCGUUAUACCCCUUAAGAAACAUCCACAGUUGCGUUUGGUGCAGACCGUAGAUUUUUUCUAUCCCUUAGUUAAUGAUCCCUAUACAAUGGGAAAAAUUGCUUUGGCCAAUGUUGUAAGUGAUGUUUAUGCAGUGGGAGUAACCGAUCUGGAUAAGCUGGACAUCAUUUUAAGUGCACCUACCGAAAUCAGUGAAGAGGAGCGUAACAUCAUAAUGCCCCUGAUAGCUGAGGGAUUUCGUGAUGCUGCACAGAAUGCCAAAGUUAAUCCUUAUAUUAAAAAUUCCGUUAUCAAUCCUUGGUGUAUGAUUGGAGGCAUAGCCUCGGCUGUAGUCAAAAGGGAAGAAGUCAUUAUGCCCAAUAAUGCCAAAGCAGGCGAUCACUUGGUAUUGACCAAACCCUUGGGCACCCAAUUGGCUACCAAUGCCUAUCUAUGGAUGUGUGAUAAGACAGAAAAGUUCGAGGAAUUGCUUAAAUAUUACAGCGAAAAAGACAUUGUUGCAUCUUUUCAAAUGGCGGUUAAAUCCAUGACUUACUUGAAUAGAAAUGCCGCCUUAUUAAUGCACAAAUAUCAAGCCCACGCUGCCACCGAUGUUACUGGCUUCGGCCUUCUAGGUCACGCACAAAAUUUGGCUGAAUUUCAAAGGGAUAAUCUACGUUUCGUUAUUGAAAAGCUGCCUAUCAUAACAAACAUUUUGGGAUUUGCCGAAAAGCUUAACUAUACCAAUGCUAAAUUAAGGUCGGGGAAAUCAGUGGAAACCUCUGGAGGACUUUUGAUAGCCAUGCCACCGCAAGCAUCAACUGAAUAUUGCAGAGAAUUUAAUGCCAUGACAAAUGGAGAACAAAAUGCUUGGAUAGUUGGCCAUGUAGCAGAGUGUGCUGUCAAGGAGGCAGUUCUAGGAGAUAAUGUGGAAUUGCUCGAAAUUAUUUUGCCUGUUGACUGUUAAAAUUUUGUAAAUAGUUUAAGUUUUGUUAAUCAAUCUUGGCCUAUAGAACUUAUGACGAUUAUUUCAUAAAGACAGUCAAAUGUCGGGGGAUAAUCUGAAUUUUUUUUCUUUCUUAUGGCCAAGAUAGGCAAAUUUUUACUUUUUUCAAUAUACACAGUAUACAACAACAGAAAA